AUGGAAGGUGAUUCCCCACUAAAUCAUCCUGUUAUACACUUCCUACUAUGUGUUGCUUAUUUAUUCGUGUUUCUUGCCACUAUAAUAGGAAAUUUGAUCAUCCUGGCAGUAUUUUUCUCACAGAAAAAGGUUCGCAGUGUGCCUAAUUUUUUUCUUGCUAAUCUAACGGUAGCUGAUCUGUUCGUGGGAAUAUUUUGCGUUUUACAAAAUGCCGCGCAUUUUGUUCUUCAAGGUCAUGGCAGAUGGCCUUUUGGGAAAGUACUAUGCUAUUCAUAUAUUUACGUUCUUCAUUUCAUUCCAAACGUGUCUGCCGGAAUUCUGGUUUUGGUUUCGUUUGAGCGCCUAAUUGCUGUAGUUCGCCCAUUACGAGUGCGCAGAGCGUUUUCACAAAGAGUUCUUAUAAGCUCUUCAGCGUUUGUAUGGAUAACCAGCGCUGUCAUGAAUACACCAUACGUCUACGCUAGUCAAUUUAUGGAGUUUACAGAUGGAAAUGAAACACUUUCAAUUUGCACCCGUAGACAUGUUGAGAUUGGCGGCUUCAAUUUGCUGAAACUCGUGGCAACUAUUAACUUCGUAGUUUGGUACGCAAUUCCACUCAUUAUUUUGCUUUCAAUAUAUGCAACAAUUGGAAUAGCCGUGAGCAGAGCGGCAUCGAUCACAAAGAAUUCCGCCAACAAGCUUCUUCCGCGAUCAAGCUGGCGUUCUGAUGUUUCAACUGGAGGAGUUUCAGUGGAAAAAAGGAGAAAAGUUGGCCGUUUAGCAGUUGGAAUUGUUGUUGCUUUUGCAUUCUUCUCUCUUCCACGAUAUGUUUAUUUUAUGUGGACAGUUUGGAGAGAUCCAAUGGCUCCGCGAUGUCUUAAUUGUUUGCAAAGCGUUCUACAGCCGAUCAGUUUUCUGUGCCUAUUCUUCAAUGCUGCCAUAGAUCCUUUUUUAUAUGCAUUUUUAUCAACUCGUUUUCGUCAGAGCAUCAAAUCAACUUUUUGCAUUAGAAAAGUAAGGGAGGGAACAAUUGAAGUAUCGUCUCGAUUACGAAAACGAACGGCAAAUUCCGAUACAUUAUGUGAAUAUUGA